AAGAACCAAUAAUCAUUCUUUCGAACUCUCACUUGUUGCAAUGGCCAGCCUUACCUUCAACGACCCAGAUGACAUUUCCAGAUCAAUCUCGGAUGUUCCACCUACUCAUUACACGAUAAAAAUACAGUCAUUUUCAUUGCUAACGAAGAGUUCGAUAGAGAGACACGAAUCCAGGAGUUUCGAAGCUGGCGGCUACAAAUGGAACUUGGUUAUACACCCAAGUGGAAACAAGAACAGAAAUGUGAAGGAACAUCUCUCUGUCUACUUAGCCAUGUCAGAUGAAAACUCCCACAAGACUGGUUGGGAAGUGUACGCGGUUUUCAGGUUAUUUGUACUGGACCAGAGCAAAGACAACUACAUGAUUGUUCAAGAUGGAAAAGAAAGACGCUUUCAUGGAAUGAAGCUUGAAUGGGGAUUUGAUCAGUUCAUCCCUCUCAAGACUCUUCACGACGCCGGUAACGGGUUUCUCGUCGAUGACACUUGUGUGUUCGGAGCAGAGGUGUUUGUUUGCAAAGAAAGAAGCAAAGACAAAGGAGAAUGUCUGCGUAUGGUAAAGGACCCUAUCGUGUACAAGCACUCUUUUAAGGUCGACAACUAUUUCGAUUUAGGCACAGAAUGCAUUGAGUCAAAACAAUUCAAUGUUGGAGGUCGAAAAUGGAAGAUGAGAUUCUUUCCCGAUGGAAGAGGAGCUGGAUUGGGUACUCAUAUCUCUUUUUAUUUGGCUUUGGCUGAUCCCACACCCACUACGCUUCCUCCAGGCUAUAAAUUAUAUGUCGAAUACAUAUUGCGCAUUAAAAACCAAGUUAAUUCUAACCAUUUAUCCGGUACAGCUACUAACUGGUUCAGUGUCUCGAACGAGGAACAUGGUUGGUCAAGAUAUAUAACUCUACCCUAUUUCCACAGCCCAAGCAUGGGUUUCUUGGUGAAAGGGACUUGCAUAUUGGAAGCAGAGGUCACCAUUCAUGGGGUCCUUGAUACUCUGUAAUGACUUUAGUUAAUGACAAUCUUUGCACUAACCCCAACUGUUUGUUUGCAUUGAAUAUCACUCAGUAGACAGUUCAUGGCGAAUUAACAUCAAUCUCAUAUCUUUAAAUGUUUUUAACCAAUAGAGUAUAUGAGUUUAGUUAUUUGCUACGGUGUGACGCACUAAGAUGAGUCAAACGCUACUGUGCAUAUACAGUAGAAUUUUUCUUCUA